CCAUCUAUCAAGUUUCUCAAAGAAAAAGUAAAAAUUUUCUCAAGCUCUUAUGACUCAAUGGACAUAUACUAUCAUUACGUAAGAAUCGGAAUAAAUUGAAGAAGAAUAUCCUGGGUGUUCCGUACGGUAUCAGACACAUUUAUGGCAGAAGUACCGCUAGUUGCGCACACGUGUAUGGAGUAUGACGAAGAUAAAUAAGGACAAGAAGACGUCAAAGCAUCAAUGCUGAAACGAAGAUGAGAAAGCGAGAAGAAAAGAGGAAGAGUGUGAAUCACAUAGAGCAAGUGGCGAGUUUCAGACGGGUCUUCUUGGCUUCCUUCGUUGCCGUACGUCCGUCCUUCUUUCCAUGCGGGGUCCGGACUGGCCCGCACCCCGUGACCCACAAGUGGGCCUACAGUCAGUCAGGCGAUGAGGCCCGGCACGAUUAGGGCCGCCAAGCUCAUGCUAAAGUGACACGUGCGUGUGUGAAUACGGCGAAUUGGAUUGUUUCUCGUGGAAGAUUCGUAAGACGACAAACCCAGGAUGCGAAUCCGUCGUCCUUUGGGGCCUCUCGUCCUUUUUUGGGCCUUCGUCACGGUCCGAGCACAGGAUGAUGACUCCUUGGCCGGCAGUUUUAUUUCAGGGCUUUUGGAUACCAUAACCAGUACAGCUAAUAGCGCUGAUUGUCCUGGAGUUUGCGUGCACGCGCUUGCUACAAUAAUAUGCUUCGAAGUCCUGGAGGAUGUACAAUGUCCCACUGCAAGUAUGAGAUGCUGCGUGGACCAACCUUCGAACAGCACAGAAACCACGGAAUACGCCACCGAAAAUGAUACCGCCGUGACAAACAUUAGAAACCCAACAACAACAACUGAAACAACAUUUAUAACGUCUACUACGACACCCUCGACAACGACUGCAAUUGCAACGGUAUCCACUAGCAUAAAAUCAACCACGCAAAAUCAAAAGGAAACCAAGGAUAAACAGUCAGCUAAAACUUGUUCUGGAAUUUGUAUGGCUGAGCGUCUUGCCGAUUACUGUGACGCAGUGCUGAUGAUCAACUCCAUAUGUAAUCCAGGUUUCCGUUGUUGCGUUUCAAGAGACACUUACGGGAACACACCACCACCAGAGUUGAUGGUCAUUGACAGGACAAAGUCAAACUCCUCACGUAUCACCGAAAAGAAUACAACAUCUCCUAGCAGAACAACGACAACGACUCCUCGACCUACUACGACUACCACGAGCAAUGCUCCACCGACGACGCAUUCCAGACCGAAACCUGCAAAUCGUCGGCCAUGCAAAGGAGAAUGUACAAACGGAUUUUUCGCAUUGUUGUGCGACGGCAUUGACAAGGAUGCCGAUUGUCCAGACGGCAGUUUAUGCUGUGUCAGUGGUGCUUCAGAUGAAACGGAAGUAGAAACGACAAUACGGCCGACGACAAAGGCUCCGCAAACAAAACCACCGCAAGCUAAGCUUCCUGUUUGUCCAGGUUUUUGUCUUCUUACAAUAAUGUCAACUUUUUGCGAACGUCCUAACGUGAUCAUCGCCAAAACCUCUACCUGUCAGUCCGGUUCGAUAUGCUGUGACAACACUAAGAGUCCGCCUCCGCCACCUAGACCACGACCCAGACCAACACCUUCUAGACCGGCAGCAACAACGGUUUCUCUACCUCCGGAUCCUCGACCGGAAUGUCCAGGAUCUUGCAUCGUAUCUUACUUGUCUUUUACUUGUUUCAGAAACGCUGAACUUACCAAUCUGUUCAAGUGUAAGAAAUUAGGACAUCAGUGUUGUGCACCGAAAUCGCUCAUCAGAGAAUUUCACAGUGGAAACUCAAGUGAACCGGUUCUGAGCAAUAGAAAUGACACAUUCCCGGUCGUUAGUCAGAGGCCGUACACUACUCCAUUACCAAGCACAGUCUAUGAGACCACAACCUUGCCAACGACUACAACCACCAGGAGUCCUGUUUACAGUAAAUACGUAUGCGGCGUUAAGGGAACAUCGCGGGGGCCAAUUCAGGCCCGUAGCUCCGAACGAGGGGCCCGUGUUGUAGGCGGUGAAGACGCAGAUGCUAAUGAAUGGUGUUGGCAGGUCGCAUUAAUUAAUUCUCUUAAUCAAUACUUGUGUGGUGGCGCUCUAAUUGGCACACAAUGGGUUCUAACGGCAGCUCACUGCGUUACAAAUAUCGUAAGGUCAGGCGAUGCGAUAUACGUGAGAGUAGGAGAUCACGAUCUGACCCGGAAGUAUGGAAGUCCUGGAGCGCAGACAUUGCGCGUUGCGACCACCUACAUUCAUCACAAUCAUAACAGUCAGACCCUGGACAAUGACAUUGCGCUCCUUAAACUUCACGGCCAGGCAGAACUCAGGGAUGGCGUCUGUCUUGUUUGCCUUCCUGCCAGAGGAGUCAGUCACACUGCUGGCAAACGUUGUACCGUUACUGGAUACGGAUACAUGGGAGAAGCUGGUCCCAUUCCACUUCGAGUGCGAGAGGCUGAAAUUCCUAUUGUCAGCGACGCCGAGUGCAUCAGGAAAGUUAAUGCAGUUACUGAAAAAAUCUUCAUUUUGCCUGCUAGUAGUUUCUGCGCAGGUGGCGAGCAAGGCAACGAUGCAUGUCAGGGCGAUGGAGGUGGUCCUCUUGUCUGUCAAGAUGAUGGCUUUUAUGAAUUGGCUGGUCUGGUUUCUUGGGGUUUCGGUUGCGGACGGGUGGAUGUACCUGGUGUCUACGUUAAAGUCUCUGCAUUUAUCGGUUGGAUCAACCAAAUCAUAUCUGUAAACAAUCUCUAAUGUCACUAUCUAUUAUCACGUACACUGUCAUGCACUUUAUUUAUUAUAUUUAUUAUAACUGUCGCAUCUUGAUGAGGAUAUCGAAAGGAAUGCUCUAAAUUUUCAUAUAUAAAAAAUGUUGAAUCUUACGACUGAAGGAAAAAAAUUGACUUCAUGAAGGUAUUCAAAAUAUUGUAUUUCAUAGGGAAAACAUUCAUUAUUUUAUUAUUCAUUAAAUAUAUUCCAUUAUCGUCACUGUGAGACAGCGUGUUGAAAUCUAUAAUUUGUUGUUAAUGAUGAAGAAAUAACAAACAGCGUUUGUAGUAGAUAUAAUUAUAGUCAUAGUAGCUACUAUCAUGAAUUGAUAUAACUAUAGUAGCUAUGCGAUUAAAAGAUUCUUUAACUUUUUGGAACUUUUCUGUUGCUCCUCCAACAGUGAUUCCAUUCUGCGUAGAUAUUUUUAUUUCGAAAUAGUAAAUUUCGAUAACGGAUUUCUUCGGGAAUCAAAAAACUGGAUUCCGUCAAUUGAAUAUAUAGCGUUAAUAUUGUUAAUAUUAAAUAAUUAAGUAUUACGUAUAUAGAAAUUUCUACGUACUAAGAUUAAUUUUUAAAUAUUUAUUAUCUUAUUGAGUUGCAACCGCAAAAUUGAUGAAGUUAUAUCUAUUUCUGAUUUUAAUAAUCCUCAACAGUAUUUUUUAUAAGAACGUCCACAUCUAACGAUUAUGGAUAAACAACGACUCGCUUUGUAUAAUAUUGCAUUGUUUCUACAAAGUAUUUGAUGUAUUUUCUUUUUUUUUUAAAUCGUGAGAUUCCUUUUUUUUUAUUAAUAAAAUGUUGAGAAUUGUAAAUUGCAAUGUCAAAUGUAGCUGUAUAGAAAAUUUAAAUGUGUUUAAUUAAUUUAUUAUAAUAUUGUACAAGAUUUAUGAUUUCAUUGCAUGUCAUUUUUGUAUGUUUUGUACGUGCCUUGGAUACAAUAAGAAAAAUUCUUUACAAACUAGACGUCACUGAGACAAUGUUUAUGACGUCUUAUAUGCGAAUCAUAAAACUAUUGGACAUUGGUUCAAGUAUUCAGCUGAAAUUGAUCAAUCUUCAUUCUCCAAGAUUUAACUAUUUAUUAAGUUAAUUAGUCUAAAUUUUAUAAUCUACUGCCAAUCAGUUCUUUGGCUCCAAAUGCUGUAGUGCAUCCCUAGUAGAUUUGACUUCACUGUAAAACAAAAUUUGUAUCAAGUCGAUUUUCCAUAUCGAUUGGACAAGUAUCACGACUGUUAUCUUUAUUGAUUCAUAACUGACAUUUGCUUUAUAAAGCGACAGAACAAUAGCGAAUUUAAUAAAUUAAUAAUUAUUUUUGAAAA